AUGCCUUUCUAUGAUGAUAUGAAAUCUGGCCCGAAUAUGAAUCUAACUCUGAAUGCAUCAGCAAAAUGGUUAAUAGAAGCAUCACAAGGUAUAGAAAAUCCAAACAAUCUACUGGAAAAAUUCUCUUUAAAUCGAAAAGUCGACGAUCGCACUAGUGCUCUACUACUUACGUUUUAUGGUAUCUUGGUUGUUAUUGGCGCAGUUGGCAAUGCUCUUGUGGUUAUUUCUGUUGUUAGAAAGCCAGCCAUGAGAACGGCUAGGAACAUGUUUAUAGUCAACUUAGCUGUAUCUGAUGCUUUGGUUUGUUGCGUUGGAACUCCUCUGACGUUGAUGGAACUUUUGACCAAACAUUGGCCGCUACCGGAUUGGCCCAGCUUAUGCAAAGCUUGCGGUGCUAUACAAGCUAUAUCGAUAUUUGUUUCCACAAUUUCAAUUACUGCUAUUGCCCUCGACAGGUAUCAGUUGAUCGUGUAUCCAACGCGCUCUGGCUUACAAACAAUGGGAGCUCUUGUCACAAUGAUCGUUAUUUGGGUCACAGCAUUUUGCCUCGCCUCACCUCUUUAUAUUUUUAGAAGCCUCAAAACUCAUAAUAUAGGACUGAAAUACAUGGACUCCUUGAGUUUCUGCAUAGAAGACUGGCCCAUGUAUAACGGAAGGGCGAUAUACUCUCUAUUUAGUUUAAUUUUACAGUAUCUACUUCCAGUUUUAGUUGUAGUCGUGGCACAUGUCCAAAUUCAUAGGAGAUUACGUGGUCGAAGACGCACGACUAGAAAGACUCCAGCCAUUCUUAUUGCCAUUGCUGUAACUUACGUGAUAAGUUGGUUACCCUUGAACGUUUUUAACUUGGCGGCAGAUUUCAGCACCGAACCACUCCUGGGGGAGAAAUCUAUGACAAUAACUUACGCUGUUUGUCACAUGUUCGGCAUGUCGAGUGCUGUCUCAAAUCCUUUGUUGUACGGCUGGUUAAACGACAACUUUCGCAAAGAGUUUGAAGAAAUUUUGUGUUGCUGCAAGAAACGACAGAUUACCAAAGAAACUCGGAUCAAAAACAGAAAGAUGGAUACAGAACUAACAGCAUUAGCGCAAAUAGAGCAUACAGUGACCGCAAAUACGAAAACUUCUCAAUGUUCACAAAUUUUCUGA